CACCGCUCCGAAUACCUGGACGAGUUCGUGCGGUUCGAAGGCCGGAGCUAUUGGAGAGACCAGCAGUAUUGUCCCUCGUGUGACAAGGGGCUCCCAAUAAUCCGGUGCGAUGACUGCCAUGGUCGUCAGUUGGUCUGCGAGGAUUGUGCGGUGGCACAACACCACCGAAGCCCUUUCCAUCGUAUCAAGAGAUGGAACAGUCGGUACUUCGAACCUGAGUCGCUCGCUAACCUCAAGCUGUGCGUCCCUUUGGGGCCACACUGCCCUGAGAAGCCCUGCGCCUCCGCCGACAUUCAGACAUUUACGAUCAUUCACACUAACGGGAUCCACACCAUCAAAAUCGCCUUCUGUCGCUGCGAGUCCACCGCCACUCCUCGCCGAGUGCAGCUUCUUCGGGCGGGGAUUUUCCCGGCAACCAUCAUCGAUCCACAAACUGGUGCCACAUUCGAGGCCAUGCGCCUCUUCCACACACUCUCACUUCAAAGUAAGCUCACGGGAUACGACUUCAUCCAUGGGCUCGAGCUCUUGACGGACAACACUGGGGUUCUUUCUACACCUUUUCGCCUACCGUCUUUCAUGAUCAUGGUGCGAGAGUGGCGCCACCUGAAGAUAGUAAAGCGGGCAGGACGAGCCCACGACUCCGAGGGAAUCGCAGGAACAGGUCUGGGGGAGCUCGCCGUUCAAUGUCCGGCGUGUCCUCAGCCGGAUCGAAAUCUUCCAAGCGGGUGGGAUACAGUGCCCGAAGGCGAUCAUUGGUUAUAUCGCCUUAUCCUCGCGAUGGAUGCAAACUUUCGCCUCAAGAACCGCCUUCGGUCGAAUAGCAAAGCUGAUCCAGGCCUCGGCACGGGGUGGGCCUAUUUCGUUCCUGAGGAGGCCUACCGGGAGCAUAUCCUGAAAUACGUCACGCAAGAGGAGAUUAGUACUUGUUCCGGAUUCUCAGCUCUCUCGAAUGCAAAUCAAAAGAACGCCCGCGGCCUUCGUUCCACAGGAGUUGGUGCAUGUGUGUGUGCACGCCACACAUUUUGGCGGGCAACUGGUAUGGGCGACUUGCAGAAAGGCGAGCGGUACUGCAACAUGGACUUUAUGUACCUUUCGAGCAUCAGAGGUACUCUGGUCCUCAGAAUUCUCCUCAGCUACGACGUCAUUUGCCAGUGGAAGGUGAAGUUCUGGACUGAGCGCCUUCCCCAAAUGCCCGAAAACCUGAGGCCGACCAUUCCGAAGGAAGCCGUGGACCUGGCCGUUCCAAAAUUCCAUCUCGUCGGCCAUGAAUCAGCUUGCCACCCGCCACAUAGUUUGAGCUUCAAGGUCGGCGCUGGCCAAACCGAUGGUGAAGGAAUUGAGAGAAAUUGGGCCGUGAUAAAUGGUGUGGCGACAAGCACACGGGAGAUGGGAGCUGGCGCGCGACACGACACGAUAGACGACCAUUGCGGCCACGCAAACUGGCGCAAGCUAGUAGGACUAGGUAUGUGA